UCUACCUUAUACGUCUAUUAGCGUGACCACUAUGUUGCCGCUAUAAAGAAUGUAUCAACUACUGUUUUCUGUAACACAAAAUAUCAUCUUUAACCAUCUCAAUUCUUAAUUUGGGUCAAUCAGUGUUGAAUGCGCUGAACGCUUGUUGAGUAAAAAAACGCCCCUAGUCACGGGUAUGUCCCUUGCGUCAUAGCCAAUGGUCCAAUCAUUGGAGACUGUCAGAGUAGGGGAUGUAAAUCUAGCAAUAUGGCGACUAUCCGGAGAGUAUACGGACUCUGGAAACCUAUCAGUUUUUAAACGAGAAAAUAGCGACGUAACGUGUGAUAAAAUGUGGUGGGGUUAGCCUGAAGAACUAGUGCCGCAACGUUUUAAAUAAUGUUUGCAGAGGCCAGUCUGUCCGUCUGGGGAUGGGGGGGUCUCGGAGUCGUGCUCUUCCUCAUCACAUUCGGACCCUUUGCAAUCUUUUAUCUGGCGUUUUACAUAGUCUGCUUCGUUGGCGGGGGCUUUGCCGUCACGCUUUUAUUUGGAAAGACAAACUCCGAGAAACACCUGGAGAGGUGCGAACACUCUUACCUGCCUGCAACACCAACCGGUAUAAUAAAGACUUUGGAUGAAAUGAAGCUGGAGAUCAAACCCAUCAAGAUCGACCGCAGGCUCACGGGGUCCAGCUUCAUCGAUGAGCCCCUGCAACAGGUGAUCCAGUUUGCCCUGAGGGACUACAUCCAGUACUGGUACUACACGCUGAGCGAGGACGAGUCCUUCCUGCUGGAGAUCCGACAGACUGUGCAGAACGCACUCGUCCAGUUCUCCACAAGGUCUAAAGAGGUGGACUGGCAGCCUUACUUCACCACGCGGCUGGUGGAUGACUUUGCUACGCACCUGCGCGUCUUCAGGAAAGCCCAGGAGAGGCUGUCUGACAGGGACGACCCCAAACAACGAGAGUCCUCUGAGGAGCUGCUGGAGUCCUUCUUCGAGGCGGAGGUGGAAAUGGAGAGGAAGAUCUGCCGGGACAUGGUGUGCACCUCCCCCAAAGACGAAGAAGGCUUCCUCAGAGACCUGUGUGAGGUGCUGCUGUAUCUGUUACUACCUCCGGGAGACUUCCACAACAAGAACAUGCGAUACUUCCUCAGGGAAGUGCUUGCCAGAGGCGUUCUUCUUCCCCUGAUAAACCAGCUUAGUGACCCGGAUUAUCUCAAUCAGUUAGUCAUAUGGAUGAUCAGGGACUCCAGCUGUAACUACGAGGCCUUCAUGACCAUCCUGAAGCUGACAGACAAGACCUUCGAGCUGGAGGCUGUCAAGGACAAAGUCCUGGAGGAGCUGCAGUACCUGCGCUCGCUGGAUACUGCCGGAGAUGACAUAAAUAUGAUCAAGAAUCAAAUCAACAGUUUACUGUUUGUGAAGAAAGUCUGUGAAACAAGGAUACAAAGGCUGCAAUCAGGAAAGGAAGUGGAUGCCUUGAAGCUGGCGGCAAACUUUGGGAAGCUGUGCAUCAUCCCGCUGGAGCACAUCCUGGUGCAUAACAUCGCCCUGCAGUUCUUCAUGGACUACAUGCAGCAGAUGGGUGGGCAGGCAGACCUGUUCUUCUGGCUGACGGUGGAGGGCUACCGGGUGACGGCGCAGCAGCAGCUGGAGGUCAUGCAGAGCUGGGAGCAGGAUGGCAAGAAGCAGGGCAGCCAAACCAAAGGCCUGCUCAAGGCUGCCGCGCUGGGCGUCUACGAGCAGUACCUCUCCGACAAGGCCUCUCCUAGAGUACAGGUGGAUGAAGCUUCAAUUGAAAAGCUGGGAGAGAAACUCAAUAAUGAGGAUCCCACGCCAGAGAUAUUUGAUGAUAUCCAGAGAAAGGUGUAUGACAUGAUGCUGAGGGAUGAGCGCUUCUACCCCUCCUUCAGGCAGCACCCUCUCUACGUGCGGAUGCUGGCAGAGCUGGACAUGCUGAAGGAGCCCAGCUACAGGGGCUCUGAUGAUGGAGACGGAGAGUCCUUCAACGGUUCUCCGACUGGGAGCAUAAAUCUGUCGCUGGAUGACCUGACCAAUGCCAGUGCGGAGGACGUCCUGCUGUUCCACGCGUUCAUUUCUGACACCGCUGACGAUUUUCUAAACCACCUUCCCGUGGCAGGCGUGUGCAACGACCACGGCAAGACCUACGCGCUCUACGCCAUCACUGUCUUCCGCAAGAAUGCCGACGGCAGCGAGGACACCUGGAAGACCUACCGUCGCUAUAGCGACUUCCACGACUUCCACAUGCGGAUCACAGAACAGUUUGAGAACCUCACAACCAUACUGAAGCUGCCAGGGAAAAAGACCUUUAACAAUAUGGACAGAGAGUUCCUAGAGAAGAGGAAAAAAGACCUCAAUGGAUAUCUACAGCUGCUACUCAAUCCAGAGAUGGUGAAAGCCUGCCCCACCCUCACUCCCUACAUAUAUGACUUCCUGGAGAACAAAGCCUACAGUAAAGGCAAGGGUGACUUUGCACGCAAGAUGGACACCUUCGUGAACCCCCUGCGGAGUUCCAUGCGUAACGUGUCCAACGCCGUCAAGUCCUUCCCCGACAACCUGGCGGAGGGCAUGAACAAGAUGUCUGACAACGUGGGCCGCAUGUCUGAGAGACUGGGCCAGGACAUCAAGCAGUCCAUAUUCAAAGUCCCGCCUAUGAUCCCAAAGUCAGACAUUGGGCCCGAACACUGCCGAGUCUCAGCCCAGCUGGACGAUAAUGUGGAUGACAACAUCCCGCUGCGAGUGAUGCUGCUCCUGAUGGAUGAGAUCUUUGACCUGAAGGAGAGGAACCAGUGGCUGCGAAGGAACAUCAAGAACCUGCUGCAGCAGCUCAUACGGGCCACGUACGGAGACACCAUCAACAGGAAAAUUGUGGAUCAUGUUGACUUCAUGACGUCUCCAGAGCAGGUGGCUGACUAUGUCAAGAAAUUCAGGGACUCCUACUGGCCCAAUGGAAUCCUGGCAGAGAAUCUGCCCCGCAGAGACAAAAGCAUCCGCAUGAGGACCAGAGUGGCGGCCAAAACCAGCCUGCUGGGCAUCAUGCCAGACGAGCUGAAGCACAUCAUCGGGGCGGAGACCACACGCAAGGGCAUCCUGCGGGUCUUCGACAUGUUCCAGAACCAGCAGAUGAACCGGCGGCUGGUCUACGUGCUGCUGGAGGGCUUCCUAGAGACCAUGUUCCCGCAGUGCAAGUUCCCGGAGCUCUUCGUCAAGCUGCACUCGCGCUCGCCUCGCACGCGCCGCUACUCGCAGAGAGUCAAGGCCUCCUCGCUCAAGAGGUGACAGGCUGGCCGUGGACCCAAUUGGAUGCAAGGAUGCGAAGGUCCACCACACGUCCCGCCUCGGCGCUGUGACGUGUAUGGUGCCGCCGCCGCCGCCACCGCCGCCGUCACCACCAACACCAACACCGCCGCGACCACACACCCCCCUCCUCAAGCAACACCUCUGCCACCUGUCACCCCACCUCCCCGUACCGCUCGCACUCCCAUCGAUCACUACCACCACCGCAAUGACCACCAAGGUUAGGAAACAAAAGGGAGAGGGUUAAUGUCCAGACCUGGGUCAUUAGACUGAAGGGGGUGGAAGGGAAGGAGGGAGGGGGGGGGGGAAGAGAGUGGCUGUGUCCCUCUGUGUGUUGUAUGUGUGUUUAUGUAUAUGUGUGGGUGAAUGUGCAGUGGGCUGAGGACUCCAGAUGGUAACGGGACGUCCCCUGUGUCCCCCACGACUAGCUGGACGCGUCCUGUCUGCCCGGUCUCGUCGUCUUGUCCUCUGCGUCUCCUCGCUCCACCCCACCCGCGGUCUUCUUGUGAAGCGCUGUACCCACUGUGGCCGUAUAGCAAAGGACAGCCCUUCUUUGUUGUGAACGUCAGUUGGGACGAGACGCUUUCAAAACACCUUCACAUCUCUACAUCUCUACCACUAAGAUGCUCAACUAAAGCAGACAGCAUCCUGUGUUUGUAACCUUUUGUGUGUUCUGUGUUUUUGUUUUUGGUUUGUUUUGGACUACAACAAAAUGACUGCAGUUUGGGAGGUACAAAUCCCAGACAAAAUAUAAUUGUUUGUUUGUUUGUUUUUUAAUUAUGAUAAAUCACCAUGAUGAAACCACCCAUAGUGGGUCUGCCACCCAAGAGAAGUACACAAAUACUGUACCAUUUUUAAUGAAGUCUGAAGAAGAGUUUGAAUGGAACGAGAGAAGAGAGCGAGCUAACUUUUGGUUCUUGUUCACUCACUGCUCCUCUUAAGCUUACCCAAGGCUUGCAUUAGGAUUUUAACAGUUGGCAGUCUGAGUUUUUAACUGCACCAUAAUUCACCUUUUACCAUAUAUAUGAACUAUACAUACGUAUGAAUAUGUGUUUAUUAACCAAAUAUAGUUGUGGCACCGAUGCAAACGGCUUCUGACUACAGAUGCAGCAGUUUUUCCCUCUUCUGUUUUGUAUGGGUGGAGACGAGGGCGGAAGUAGGAAGUUUAGCCUACGGGGCAGUUUCUGCUCAGUAUGAGAUAGUCAGUGACCAUGACAAACUACAGAACUGUGUGUGUGUGUGUGUGUGUGUGUGUGUGUGUGUGUG